AUGACCACUCUCAAGAUCGAAGAGCGCGAUAUACCGCAGCUAACUGGGAAGAAUGUCAUUAUCACAGGAGGUUCAUCUGGUAUCGGACUGGCCUCCGCGGAGAUCAUGGCUUCUAGAGGAGCACACGUCACCAUUCUGGAUAUUUGUCAGCCACAAGAAACUUUAAACAUGGGCAUUCAAUAUCAGAAAUGCGACAUCAGCAACUGGGCUGAGCUCAGCGCUGUCUUCUCGGCCUCGAGCCCCGUCCAUAUCGCGGUCGCGAAUGCCGGACAAGGUGAGGACGGGUCGUAUUUGAAGGACUCAUACGAUGAGCAAGGCAAUCUCCUUGAGCCUAAAUAUAACGUUAUCGAUACCAACUUCCGAGGGACUCUGAACUUCAUCAAGCUUGCGUUGCAUAACAUGAAGAAGAACAGCAUCAAGGGGAGCAUCGUGAUCACAUCGAGCGCCACUGCGUAUUCUGCAGAACAGUCACUGCCGGUUUACAGUGGCACGAAGGCAGCACUGAUCAACUAUAUGCGAGCUAUGCGUUCGUCUCUCCGUGGUUCGGGCAUAACUAUCAAUGCGGUUGCCCCGGCGGCCACAAUAACGGGCCUCUUGCCAGCAGACUUGGCUGCUCCCAUAAUGGCCGCCGGCCUGCCUGUAAGCACCGCGCAUUUUGUGGGUCUGGCGGUUGCCUAUUCGGCGGUUGCAUCCGAGCCAGAUAAGGUCGAGGCCUAUGGAAAAGACUCGGCGGAGUGGAAGCAGAGCUCAGGUCGGUGGAACGGGAGAACUAUCCUCACGCUGGGUCAGAGAUACACGGAACUGGAGGGCCCGAUCUCCGACUGCCGUGACAAAUGGUUUGGUCAGGACAAUCUGCGAGAAACCAAGUUGCAACAAGCGGCCACCGAUUUCCGAGGCCUGACUUAA